ACUGGCUGAUGAAGGCAGAGCCAGAGUCGCGCUUUGAGAAUGGCAUUGAUGUGAGGUUCUCGAUUGACGAUUUGCGGGCGAGGGAGAAGCCUGAGGGGUGGGAUGGUAUUAGAGCGUAUGCGGCGCGUAAUCACAUGAGGAAUAUGAAUGCCGGUGACAAGGCCUUCUUUUACCACUCUAAUUGCAAGGAGCCUGGCAUUGCGGGCGUCAUGGAGAUUGUAAAGGAGUUUUCCGAAGACAAAUCCGCCCGCCGCCCAGGCACACCCUACUACGACCCGCAGUCCUCAAAGGACAAUAUCCGCUGGAGCCUGGUCCACGUCGAGUUUAGGAAAAAGUUCGCCGUGCCCAUUGGCCUCAAGGAGCUGCGCGAGCUGGGCAAGCCCGGCGGCCCGCUGGAGAAUAUGAUGAUGCUGAAGCAAGGGCGGUUGAGUGUGAGCAGGGUCAGUGCAGAGGAGUGGAAGGCGCUGAAUGAGAUUGCGGAUGAGAAGGCUAAGGAGGCGGGGUUGAAGCAUGAGAUGACGAAGCUUGUGAAGUGA